UAAUUGUUUUUAUAAUAUUUUGUUCCGAGUGAUAUUUUGUUAUACAUGUAAAUAUUGUCUCAACCUUUUCAUAAAUUUAAUGUAAUGUGUAGUUAAGUUUCUUAAUUGCAUUAUCUGAUGAAUAUUUAUACAGAUUAUUCUCAAAAAUGUCCAGAUUGUCACAAAUGUUUUUAUUCUGCUACAUCAUUAUUAGUACAUUUUUUUAGUCAUGUUGGUGAAGAAAAAUUGGUUAAUGCCGACAAUAAUGAAAAUAAUUCAACUUCUAAAAAAAAACCUGUAGAAACCAGCUAUUAUGGAUCUUCUCAGCCAUUAAAUUUGACAGUGGAGGAAACACUCAAUCCUUGGAAAUAUUGUUUGGCCACAUAUGAAGAAAAUAAUGAUAAUCCAGUUAAACCAUUAAAGAAAGUAACUAAAAAAAAUAAAGAAAAAGACAAGACUUUUGAGUGUAGUUUAUGUAAUAAAAAAUUUGGGUGGACAACUGAUCUUAAAAGGCAUUUACUCAUUCACACAGGAGAAAGGCCCUUUAAAUGUAAUUCAUGCCAAGCAGCAUUUACAAGAAACUUUUUACUCCAAAAACAUUUUGCUCGAGCUCAUAAAAAGGUAUCUGAAGAUGAAUCGAAAAAAUUGGAAAAUCAUGUACACGCCAACGUUACUGAAAUAAAAUUAAAAAUGAAGGAACUAGAGUGCCAAAAGGAACAUAGUAAGUCUGCAUCAGAUAAUGACAGUCAUUAAAAUAAGCCAUCUGCUCUUUAAUAAUAAUUGUUACCGAGGAACUUAAAUUGUGUCAAAGUAUAAAUUUGAGUAAUAUUUUGGUAUACAUCAAACUUUUUUUAUGGAGAGGGACUGUAGCAUUAUUGUGUGUGUCAUAAUGAAAGUAGGGUACAUAAGUAAUUUUAAAAUGAAAAAUCACCAUACCUAUCUUGAAUUCAAGUAAAUAAUAUUGGACUAUACCCUAUUCAAAAUAAGAACAAUAGUAUUCAGUAGCCGGCUUUUACUCAUGGGUAUGGCUUCAUUCCCAAACACUGAUCUUGGGAAUCGACUCAUAGGGGAAGUGUCUGACAAUGGGUCUGACCGCAGCCGAGGUCUGUUCUUAUUUUUACAGAUUAUAGUAAUGCCUAAUAUAAUAUCAAUAUUAAUUUUUUAAUGUUUUCAUGAUGAUUAUUGAUUAAAUAUAUAUUGUUCUUAAUGAACUGUAUAAACCAGAUGAAAUAAUUAAAUAUUUAGGACUUGUAACAGUUAGGUACCUAGUCCAAUUUCAGAUAUUUCCAUACAUAGAAAACUAAUAUAGACUAUUAUCAAAACUACCCCAAUCUUACUUUAUCAUAAAGUAGGAAAAAUUUCUUUGACAUACUAUGUUUAGUUAAAAACAAUAAAUAGGCCUCUGAUUUAUAUGCCAUAAAAAUAACAUUAGAAACCUCCGAAGAUUCCCUAAAAACGUUUGUUCUUAGCAUAAUGUGUGCUUGAAACACAUUUAUAUCUUGGAAAGCACCUUGUCAAACAUCCCAGGGAAAAAAUGCAAAUGCAUUGAAAUCCGAGUCCUAAUAAUGACUAUCCGAUAUAUUUUAAAGUACAUUGGUAUAAUAAUUUUUUAAGUAUUUAAAUCCUUUAUUUCUGGUAUUCUUUUUUUUUUUUUGUAAGACUAAUAUUA